AAGAGUAAACCGUCCACCUUGAAUAUGGUAAAAAGAAAUAAUGACAAACUAAUUUUCAGUCAUAACAGAGAGAGCUAUACUCAUUUUCAAUCAGGGCUUGUUGUACACUUUAUAACCAAGACGUGCACGUGCAGUGCAUAAACGUAUUAUAUAAGUGAGAAAAAAUUGUUUUAUUAAUUUAUUACUUUAUUUAAUCGACAGAAUAACGGCACUGUUCAAUGUAUACAACUGUAUACAGUUAAUUUUUUUUUUUAAAUAAAAUCGCCCGAAAUAUCGAGUAUGUUUAAUUUUGGAAAUCAAUCGACGACUCCGCUUGAAAAUAAAUUAAACAAUUCGUGUCAUCAACCGGUCAUUAUUUUAACGAUGGCAGUUGGUUGGUCAUUGUAGAAUAAAUUGCCGUGAGCGAUGACAAUGGGGCGCAUGCACGAGAUAAGAGUAAAUCGUUGUCCACCUUGAACAUGUAAAAAAAACAUGACGAAAAAUAAAAACUAAUAAUGACUUUUAAUAAUUUGAAAAGAGUGUAGCCGCUGUCAAUCGGCUCGUUGUACUCGGUGCACUCUACAACCAAGACGUGAACGCAUAUACGGUGCGUAAACACGUUGUAAAAAAUUUUUUUUUAAAUCUAUUCAACAGUACAACGGUAUCGUAUUCAAAAGAAUAAAAUACAAACUAUAUACGGUUGAAUUUUUUUUUUCAAAUUUUAGCCGUGUAACACGUACACAAUUUACUUUGCCCUUAAUUUGCGUCCAAUCGAAAAAUGCGUUUCAAAGCGUCCGUUGACGUGUACUUUUGGCUCUUCUUUAUCGCCACGAUUUUAUGGAAUUUACAAAAAGAUCGUCUUCGUUGUUGUGAGGCUCUGCCCAGAGGCACCAGGUUGGCCGUUCGGUACAACAGAUUCGAGUGGGUGAUAAACGACAAGUUCGGACGUGUCGACGAGGUGUACGUCACUCAGUACAACGGCACCGAUUUCGCCAACGUGGUGUUGACGUUCGACUUGAAUUGUACCACACAGAAAAUAAAUAUUGAAAUAACGAAGUGCAAGGAGUAUUACGUGGAUUGCGCCAACUACAGGAGUUUCGAACUGACGCAGUUUUGCGGAAACGAAAAAGCCAUAAUGUUUUUCACCACGAUAGGAUACGCCAACCGCCAACUGCUGUGCAUGAGCGGCAACGGCACGUUCGUCAUCAAGAACGCGACGUUGAACACGGACCGCGUGGUCGGAGCGUUCGCGCUGUCAUUGGACAAGUGGUGGGAACAGACGUGGAUGUGGAACUUCGUGUUCAUCUCGCCACAGGGCCCGUAUAUCAUGCGAUUGACUGGACAACUCCGGUUCCUGUUGUUGAGCAAACGGCGGCGGACGUCUCGUCCCGGACAACAUUAGAGACAACACAUUACCGAUCGGUUCAAUUCGUUUGUUUUUAUCGUGUAUCACUACUACUGAUAAUGUAACAUUGUCUAUAUUUGUGCGUAAACAAUAAUUAAUAAUUCAAUAUAUGAUAAUUUUUUCAAAUCAAAUCAAAACUAAUAAAUUAUUUAAAUUUCAUA